AUGGGCAAAACCGUAACCCUCAAGUUGAAAUUGGACACCUUUGAGGUCCGCACUCGUUCGCAGACCCUGCCGGACUUCACCUGCUCACCGACUGCCAUUUUCCAGUGCGCUCAGGACAUCCUGCGAGAUGAAAUGCGAAUUGAGGCAGAAAGAUCGAAGCUCCUCACGCUGCGACUCAUGGGAUCCCCUAUCAAACCUCAAGCCCACUUCGAAGAGGCAGGUGAUUUGAAUCCGGACUCAGGUGGUCAUUGA